AUGACAACAGCGAUUUGUUCGUAUGAAAACAUUCGUCAGAUAACUUCAUGUACUGUCUGUAAUCGCACGUUUAAAGACCCGCGAAUCUUACCAUGUGGUCACACAUUCUGCAUUGAUUGUAUACGAAAUACAAUGCUUGAUACAACUAUCAUGUCCUGUCCGAACUGCUUGGCUAAACAUACGAUUGUGAAUGUUGAUUUGUUAUCACAAAAUGUUGCUUUGAUGCAGUUGUUGCAUAUACGAAAAAUCGAUAUUGUUCAGAAUAAACAGUGUGCGAUAUGCAAUGCGCAACCGUCGAUCACAUCAUGUGCACAUUGUUCUCGGCAAGCGUGUGUUUCGUGUUUGGAAAUUCAUCGACAAGAAGUUAUUGGAGAAAUAACACGUGAAACAAUCGAAAUCGAACGAAUGAGUGAAGAAUUGAAGUUAACGUUGAGUCAAUCGGCGAAUGAUUUUCGAGAUCAAUGUGAUGAAACAUUUCAACAUGUGAACAAACGUUUUGAUGAAAUGCAAAAGAAUUUGAAGUUGUUAAAUGAACGUUUGUGUCAGAAAAUUCAAGAAUUUCAUGAUCGACGUCAAGCGGAUCUGACACGAUGUGUCGCUCGUCUUCAUACGGAAAUACAAUCAAUCGAUAAAUUCGUUCUCGAUUCCAAACAUUUACUCGUCGAUGUCAAUGUUCAGACUGAAGUUCUUCUGCGCUUAAAACAACAAUUUCAAGAACCUCGAAAACGCAUGCCGAUUCUUUCUCGUGAUUUAAUCGAAUCAACACCAACAAUUCAGUUCGCAUCAUCAUCAUUUCAAAUGCUAAACGAAGAAUUAGCUGGUACACUUGUCCUUGACAAACCUAUUCACGGAAAUAUACCUUCAACGGGAAUAUCAGCGAGUGGCGAUCACGAUAAUCGAUUAUCUGCCUUAACAUCAGGUUCUCGAACGGGUAAAAUGGAAAUCAUCGGGCAAGAAGGCAAUGGAAAAUUAGAAUUUAAAUCACCAGCUGGAAUGACGAUCAAUAGUGAUGGACAUUUAGUUAUUUCAGAAGUUGAUAACAAUCGAUUACAAAUUUUGACGCGAGAAUUUACACAUAUUCGAACAAUUAUUGGUUUUCGUGAGCCGCGUGAUGUUUGUUUCACAAAGGAUAAACGUUAUUUAAUAACUGAUAAUCAUAAAUUAAUCAUCUUAGACGAAGAAUUUCAUAAAGUCGAAGUUAUCGGUUCGAAUAAAUCUGGCAAAGGCAGACACAUGUUCAAUAAUCCCACUGGUAUCACCACCGACAACGAUGAUGAUAAUAUUCUCAUCUGUGACACAAACAAUGAUCGAUUAAUUGUCAUAUCACGAGAUUUCAAAUGGAUACGUGAAAUUAACACUGGCUUCGAAACAUCACCACGUUAUAUCUGUACACGACAGAAUAUCCUCUAUGUUACAUGUGGAACCAAAGGUUGUGUGUUAACAUUCAAUAAACAUACAGAUCAACAAUUGCAGAUAAUACCUGAAGUGACAUUGGGUUUAACAAUUGAUGCACCACGAUCCAUUCGUUGUGUACGAGACUUAUUAUUUGUUACAUCAAGUUUAUCGAAAAGUAUUUUUGUUUUUACGAUUGAUGGAGAAUAUCGUGGAGAAUUAAGACAUGAAUUAUUCGCCAAACCGAUCGGAAUUCUUUUCGUUGAUGAUAGUCUUUAUGUAACUGAUUGUGAUAAACAUGCGUUAUUUCAUUUUAAUGGAGUUUUGCAAUAA